AUGUCGGGCCCGGUACCGAGCCGAGCAAGAGUCUACACGGACGUCAACACCCAGAGGCCUCGCGAAUAUUGGGACUACGAGUCCCAUGUGAGUCCAGGGGUCUCCUCCUCGACCCACUCUCUUCUCCCCCAACCCUCACAGGCUCUGGAUUACUGCCACAGCAUGGGGGUCAUGCACCGGGACGUCAAGCCACACAACGUGAUGAUCGACCACGAGCAUCGGAAGCUGCGCCUGAUCGACUGGGGACUGGCAGAAUUCUACCACCCGGGACAAGAAUAUAACGUCAGAGUGGCUUCCCGGUACUUCAAGGGACCGGAGCUUUUGGUGGAUUACCAGAUGUACGACUACAGCCUGGACAUGUGGAGCCUGGGCUGCAUGCUGGCCAGUAUGGUCUUCCGCAAGGAGCCCUUCUUCCACGGGCACGACAACUACGACCAGUUGGUGCGGAUCGCCAAGGUGUUGGGCACCGAGGAUCUCUACGACUACAUUGACAAGUAUAACGUGGAACUGGACCCCCGUUUUAACGACAUCCUGGGCAGGCAUUCCCGCAAGCGAUGGGAGCGCUUCGUGCACAGCGAGAAUCAGCAC